AUGGGCAGCAAGAUCUCUUCCCUCGCCUCCAAAACCAGUUCUCAGCAAAAAAGCACCACCAGCACCACCACCGGCACCACUACCGGCACCACCAGCACCACCAACGGCACCACCACCACUACCGGCACAAGCAGCAGCAGCACCAGCAGUAGCAGCAGCAGCAGCAGCGCAUACACCGGACUAGCCAACAUCAUUAAGCUCCUUCCGAGCGGGACCGUCUUCCUGUUCCAAUUCCUCAACCCUCUUUUGACCAACAACGGCGAGUGCCACACUUACAACAAGUACCUAAGCGCCAUUUUGAUUGCAGUUUGCGGCAUUUCGUGUAUUAUCUCUUGCUUCACCGAUAGCUACACGGGAAGUGACGGGUCGACCCACUACGGGUUCGCCACGGCCAAGGGUAUCUGGCCUAGCUCAAGCUCUAGCAGCUCCACAAGCUCCUCGGGGUAUAAGCUUCGGUUUUCGGAUUUCGUCCAUGCUUUCUUGUGUGUGGUCAUUUUCUUAGGUCUGGCGUUGUUGGACACGAACACAGUGAAGUGCUUCUAUCCGUCUUUCGAGGACACAGAGAAGACUGUGAUCAUGGUUCUGCCAACCGUGAUCGGCUCGAUCUCGAGCACGCUGUUCACGUUGUUCCCAAGCACGCGCAACGGAGUCGGGUAUUCUUCAACCAGUUCCACCUCGACGACCAGCACUACCUCGGAGAGCAAUGCCGAGACAGUUUGA